UAUAACAUGUUCUGUGUUAGGCUGCUCUGGAGACUUUGAGAUCUGAAAUGACUGAGAGAGAGAAGGACAUGGAGAAAGAGAUUGAAGCACUGAGGAAGGCUGGGAGAGACCGGGAGAAAGACCUCGACGCGCUCAACACAGUGCUGCAGUGCAACCAGGAUGUUAUCAAUGACCUGCAAUCGGCUCUGAGGGAGAAGGAGCAAGUGUUGAAGGAUGUGGAGAAAGAGAGGGAGGUGUGGAGACAGAGGGACCGGGCCCUUGCUGCUGUGCUGCAGGAGAAGGAAGCUCUGGUCCAAUGCCUCAAGGAGGAGGUGGACAUCUGUCAUAAAGAUGUGGAGGCUCUCUCUGACUCUGGGACUGGGCAGGCAUCGGCAGGGAACAGGGCUGAGCUGGCAGCCUUGUUGAAGGACAGAGAAGUAAAUGGCGCCGCCUUGUGCCAGCAGGUGACCAAACUCACCACAGCCCUGCAGGAAUACCAGGACAUGGUGCAGAAGAGUCACCAUCAGACGGUGUCCUCUCUGACGGCUCAACUCAGAGACACUCGGCAGGAGCUGAGGGAGAAGGAGAAGGAGAAGAAGGAGGCUGACAGGGCUUGGCAGAAAAUGAGAGAGGACAGAGAGCGAGAGGAAAGGAAACUGAAGAACCACCUGAAGAAGAGAGACAAACUCAUAGAGGUAAAGUGCAGGAAUCUGACAAGAAAAUGGACCAAAAACUCCCGAGUGCCUCCUGCCACA